UUUUAAUUAGAGAAUGGUUAAAAGUGUCAUUGGUGGAAAUAAAGAAAAAUUUGUUGUUGAUUCUUCAAUUAAGCAUGUGAAUUCUCUCAUGGUGACCUUUAGAUAUGAAGAGAGGCACAAGGUACUUACUCGAAGUGGAAAAUAUUUAAACAAGGCUACCAAGUCUCUUGCACUUUUACUUAUAGGGUAUAUGAAAGCAAAUGAAGCAUCUUGCCCUAAUUAUGUCAGACUUUUAGCAAUUUUGAGAAAAUAUGCAAUAGAAACAUCAGAUAUUACUGAAAAGAAAAAUUUCUACCAUUCCUUUAAGUUGUGGACUAACAGCAAGUAUGCUGAAUUAAGUGAAGAGGACAGGAAGUCAAUAAUGGAAGAAGAUGGAUCAAUUUGUUACAAUACCACCUUAUCAGCUACAAGUGGUAGUAACAGUGGGUGGGAUUCAGAGGUGGAAGCUACUCCCAGUCCAUAUAGUUGUGCUUACACUUAAAACGUUAAUCAUUUAUUCACAAUUCAGAACACUUCAUUAUUCAUUCUUUGAUUAUUUACCCAUUACCAAUGAUGA